AACCUUCAAAUCCCUGAACACUAACAUGCGGUUCCCAAUUUGCAGUUAGGUCGCCACCCAAGUCCAAAUCCCUAGCUCUGUAACUCAUUUCACCUGCUCCGAUCAUCUUCUGUACUGCCAAAUUUUAAAAAUGGAGGAAUUACUUGCCGUGAUUCUGUCUAUGCUUCUUGUUGUUGCUUUGAUUCCGUUGUAUCUAUGGAAACGCCGGCAGGAUUCAGGAUCACCUCAGGAACACGAAGAAGACCGUCAGGUUCCAACGAGGGAAGCUGUGGUUGGCGCCACUGGUGCUCGUAGGAUGCGUAGGAGACCAGCCGCUGGAGCUAGCACAUCGUCAGCUGCAGGUGCAGCUUCAAGCACUGCAGAGAAUGUUGAUGGAAGUGAUGAAGAGGAUGAAGCAGAUGGAUAUUACCAGGCUAAAGCAUCAAAGAAAAAAGAAAAGAAACGACAGGAGCGGGAAGCACAAAGACAGGCUGAUGAGGCUGCACGUGAGUCAAGGCAUGCUAAACAGGACCGAUAUGCUGAAAUGCGGAGAAGGAAGGAUGAGGAGCGUGAGGCAAUAGAGCAUAAGCUGGAAGAAGAAGCUAAAGCUCAGAAGGCUAGGGAGGAAGAAGCUGCUGCAUUGGAGUUUGAGAAGUGGAAAGGGGAGUUUUCUGUUGAUGCCGAAGGGACUACUGAGAAUGAAGUCCAAGAUGGAAGUCGGGACUUACUUUCUAAUUUUGUAGAAUACAUUAAGGUACUUUCUAAUUUUAUGCUUAAUUAAAAUCUUAUUCUCAGAGAUUUGGUUCUUUUUUCAUGAUAAGCACCCAAGUUUCUCCAUAGGUUAGUGUCAAAUCCCCCUCUAACUGUCAUCUUCAAGUUUUCAAAGACUUCUUUGUUGUUGUUAUCUUUCCUUGUUUCUGUGAACAACCAAGUUUAUGAAUUUUAAGUUUUUU